AACAUUUGUAAUACAUCGCAUGAGAACACUUGUCAUAUUUACACUAAAAACGUUUUAUUAUUCAUCUCAACAGAAAUAAACAGACAUUCAUUUUGUACCCAAACCUUUCAUAUUCGCAAGUAUUGUGACAGCUGAAUAUACUAUAAAUGUGAUCAUUCUUGAAAUAAAAUUACCUGUAACACCAAUACACUGAAUCGAACUGUAUUAUAAUAAAACGUUGAGUCAUUCCUAGCAACACAUCCUCCGAAAACGGCCGAAUUAUGGUGAAUCAGUGGGAAUUGAACGCUGCAUAAUUUCACAUAAAAUCCAGGACAAAGGGUCGCUCGUAAGAGACACACACAAUAAUAAAUAAAUAAAUGAUACGCAUAUCUCCAGAAAACAAACCUAAACCUCACGUUUCCUCGCCUGCCAGCAGAAGUAAGACGGUGCUGCUCUGGAAGUCUUGCCUGUAUAAUUUAGGCGCUUCAAUUCUAAUCUCGUCACCUCUACAGUGUCCUUCUGCAUACAAACACACUGCCGGCUCAAAUAUAAAAAGGCAGUGGAGACGUGCUACGGCACUCGAUUCCACCGAGCAAUUCAUCGCUUUUAUUUUUUGAUUUUUUUUCCCUUGGUGCACUGUUAGUUACUCUAUCCAGUCGCUAUCCUUUAAUUAUAAGAGUUGCAUAAAGUAAUUGCAGUGCGGAACCGUGGCGCCAUUGACUGUAUUCAGUUACUUAAAAACAUCAAUCAAGUGGAAAACCAUUUUUAAUGGACAUCGCACAAUUUUCUUUUGAAACGAGACAAGGAAUUGACAUAUUGUUGCAACAUGUCGCAUUUACCUGAAUGUCAUUUCAGAAGAUAGAAAACGGAACUGUUUCUUUGACAUCUGGAUUGGAGCCAGGGCCAUAUGUUUAGGUACUGUAUAAUGCCUUCCUUAUCUGAUCUGAAAACCUUUAAAUUCGUGCCCGAUGGCAAAAGUCCGUGGGUACUUUGUCACCAGACCAAUUAACAGGUAUGUUGUUGCGCCGAUCUAACAGGUAUCUUCCGGAUUAGGAUGGCCAGCGUAAGCUAAUGUAUCCAUUGGUGUGUAUCAAUAUGUAUCAACCAUCCGUAAGCAGAUCUGCAACUGCGCCAGGAUGGAGCGUCCUCAACGCUGGAGAUGACGCAAAUGACCCAGCUCCACCAAAAAAGUGUUUCAAGACGAACAUGGCGGCAACUUAACACAGGAACCAAGAUGACUGUUGCUGUCGAAGAACAGAUCCAAGGCGCUCUGCCCGAAAACGUAAAGGAGAACAUUUUUUCUGAAGCUGUAGGACCUUGUUUUCUUACAACAUAAAGCCGGAAUCGGCGGGUGGAGGCAGACCACAGCUGGUCCACGGGAAAGGGAGAGAGAUCAGCCUAGGAGAGACGCAGGGAGAAAGGCAUGCUGUCACUGGGAACUGUGUUUUUCUCCGGAGAGCCAUGCAGAAAGGGGAUGUGACAAUGCAUGGCUUAAUCCUUUUCAAUGCACUAACUUGUCGGGAAUAGCAGAGCAUCGCCGAGCGAAGCCGGGACCUCUUCUAUUGAAUCGUUUAAGAGGAAGAUAAGACGAGGCAAACCCCCCAAAGUCAAUGAAUAUUGUGGCAAAGAAGCCCUCACGGUGGAGUCGGCCAGUGCUGCGCUUUUCCAAAAUAUGACCAGAGGUGCUUGGAUGUGUCGACAGCAAGAUGACGGUUUAAAAAUCUGGCUUGCUCCCCGAGUGAACGAAAAGCCAUUUACAGAUCCAGAAAGGGCCCAGAAAUGGCGACUGUCCUUAGCAUCUCUCCUUUUUUUAACGGUUCUGCUCUCUGACCACUUGUGGUUCUGCGCCGAGGCGAAAUUAACACGGACUCGGGACAAGCUGGACAAGUUAGCAUUCGCGGACAUGGGCGAUUACCCAGCAGAAAACCAUAUGUAUUCACCCAGCCUCCAUUUCCCACACGGCAGCCUCAGAAAAAGCGAAAAUGUUAUUUUUAUAGGAAAUUCUACUGGACGUUUCUGGCGGCCAGAAACUUGCCACCCCGACAGCUUAUCAAAAAACUGCUUUACUUUUGAUGACGCUGAACCUUUGUGCAGGAGUCUGUCUGACACCAAGGAGACGCAGUCGGUAGAUUUAAAUUUAAGCGAUUUAUACCUUUCUUUUUGUAACUCCUAUUCCCUUCUGGAUUUGUUUUACGGGUUAUCGAGUCUGGACAAUUUGAACUGCAGCCUUGACACGGUUACGGAUGGCGAUGUAGCAGGAUGCAGUCAGUGCGUCCAGGCGUACCAGCGCUACGACCAGCAUGCUCAGGAGAAAUACGAAGAAUUCGAGAUCCUGAUUCAGAAAUAUGAGACGGAUGCAUAUUCAGUGAGGACAUGCAUGGAGGAAUGCAAGAUGGUCUACAAAUCCUGGCUUUGUUCCCAGUACUUCCAGACGACACAGAUGCAUUGCAUUAACAAGAUCCCAUGCAAGCAAUAUUGCCUGGAGGUUCAAAAGAGGUGUCCGUUUAUAUUGCCAGACAAUGACGAUCUCAUUCACGGAGGAAGCCCAAGUUUUAUAUGUACAGGGCUUUUAGAAAAUCAUCUGUCCAGCUCCAAGGCAGAGUGCUGUGACGUCCGAUGGGAUUUUAAACCCGAUAACUAUUCCGAAGGGACGGUAAAAAGGACUCAUCCCUCCUGCCACCACAAGACUUCAGUAACCACCUCAGCGGCAUCCAGACUGUGUAACACUAGGCUCAAACUCUGCAUGCUAGUUCUGGUACUUUUACACACCAUCUCCACGUUGACCGCAGCACAGAACCCCAUGGGCCUUGACUUCUGGGCCGUCACCACGGUGGAGGAAGGUUCCAGCGAGGAGUGACGGGAAAGUGCUCCAGCGCGGGUAAACUCGCCAGGCCUCACGCGUGCAAUUUUUUUUUUUUUGCAAUUUUGGCGGCCGUGGAAAGAACCACAGAUGGAGAAUGGCAUCUGCCGAAGUGUCCCUGACUAUGGAGCGGGAUUUGCGAUUGGGAGUGGAGAUGGUGGAGCGGAAAUAAAAAAAAUAAUUACAAGAACAAGACAACAGCACAGCCUUCGCUGUGACUAAUCCUUCUCUGAGACUGAGUUCUCUCACACAAUUUUAUACAUUAUGCUUAACUUUUUGGAUUAUUUUUUUUUGCCUAGAUUACAACAGGAUUUUCUUUGUCUUCAGAUAUAUUUUUUUGUUAAUGGGUAACUUGGAAGAAAGGGGAUGAUUAUGGGGGACAUGAGUUGUUAGCCAAACAUGAAGUGAAGGCGAUCUUGUCCAGCUGGUAAAUCUCUGUGCAGUUUCUCUUAUCUCAUUUGUAAAACUACACAUGGAUGCUGCUGCUUCAUUUUAAUGUUGUGGUAAAAUUGGGGGUUUAUUGUUAAUAUGUCCAAUGUAGAGACACACAGUCACACAGAGACACCCAUUCAACCCAGCAUUCAACCAACCAUAGCUUGACUUGAGUCAGUAUAAGCCCUCCCUAAGCGUACGUAAUCCUGAUGUUGCCCGUCGACACGGAGAUCAUGCAGACCCUCCUUUAUGCUACGGUACUUAUCAUAACACUGGCCAGGUUUUGUAGCCUUGUCUUACCUAGAAAGGAAACAGGUGAGACAUGAUGUGCUUUGUGAGUGUCUUGUGCUCUUCUGGGAGUCUUAGAGGUGUUGGUCAGGCUAAAUAAUUGGGUGUUGAUAAAAUAUAAACAUAGGCUCUUAGUCAACAUGUCUCCUGUCCUCGUGUGCUUGGUUAGAAGAUGUUCUGAGUGCCUCACAGACAACAUCCUUAGUCUGGAUUUCACCUGCCUACACCCAUAUACAGUGUGACACAGAAAAUGCUCUUGAAAACAAAAUAACAAUUAUUAAGCAUUAUACUGAAUAUUGAAGAUUUUAUAACAACAGACACCUCAGACUGGACUACAGCAUGGGUCCCAUUAUAUAUUAAUGUGCCACAGAAAGGCCUUGUGGAGAAGCCCUUGAUGGUAGCUGUGAUCUUUGAGGUUUGUGGGUCGCGGUCCUGUUGCCAUACGGCAUCUGCUGUGUUUAUUUCAAGCAGCGUUCUUGGCCAAGUCAGCUUAUGUGAUUGAAAUUCGGCUGCAGUAAGGGACUCUUCCUGGUCGUGUCUGCCAUCUUUUCUUCUGGACAGUUGGAUGUUGGAACAUAAGCUAAGGAGCAUGUGUUAUUUGCGAUACAUACUGUAUUCUUCAGAACAUUAAAUCCACGUCAGAGGUUCUUAAUAUAGGGUUCUGGUUUUUGCGCUAAUGUUUUACCAUGUAUGAAAAUUAAGACAGAUGAGUGAGGUAGAGAGUGAGGUAGCUUUUUGCUAAAUGUCUUUGGUUGCUGGUAAGUUGUUGCUGUGAUGAUAGAAUGGAUUGCAGCAUUAAGGUGGAUUGAACCCUGUGGAGCGUCUUUCUGUUUGAGUCAUCCACUUUUCCACAUGGACUACAUGAAGAGUCCUACUUCAAUGGCAUCGAUGAUGCAAGAAAAUGGAGACAUUUUGAUGAAGAGGCCGAUUUGUCAAAAUGUAAUUCGUGUUGCACAAUGUGCCCAAGAAUUAGCACUACUUCAAAAAAACAAAACAGAACUAUUCCUUCUGUAUUUCAUCUUCUUAUUUUGAGCAUCUUGCAUUGAGCAAAGGGCUUUUAAAAUGUUUACAUACCUGAAGAGAGCAUGAGAAAACACCUACAGGUUAUCAUUAACUCACAAAUGAAGACACACUCUUACACUUGUGCACACGCGCAUGUACAAAGGCCUUGGUCCCUCAGCUAAAACAACAUUAAUAAUGAGCCUUAGAAGAUCUGACACUUCUCAUGUUUUGCAGUUUGAAAAGUGUUCAGCUAUGCCUGGAGGUUAGAUAUAAGGGCUGUAUUUUUUUCCUGUAAGUUUCAAACAGUCUUUGGUCGUGUGAGGUUACAGGUGCUUGCAGGGCACGUGACAAAGGAAAAAGGAACAAAGUUAGCGCAUUAGAACGCACGAAACCUUAGUCCGAUGCGGUCACUGCGCAUGGAAUCGCUUUUAAACCAGCAUCAUGGAACUUCUACUUUUCAAUAGUGAAGCAUUACUGCUAUAAGUGUAAAAUUGCCAAACUGAUAUAUAAUAAUUAAAGUCUAGAAAUAAAAGGAAAUCUGAAACACUAAAUGAACAUUCCUGCCCUUAUAAAUAUUAUUUAUUCAGCAUUUAUGAAUGCAAUGUCAAAAGUCAUUUUUAAACUGUACAUCGGAGUAAAGAAAGUUUAACAUAUAUACUCUGGCGCUUUUAACUGACUAUGUGUUUUGUAAAUAAAAUGAGAGGUGAUUUUUGCCAAGGAAGCAAUACCAACGUGUGCUCAUGAUUGGGUUUUUUGUGUGUGGUCAUUCCUCUGUAGCAAAAAGCCCCCAAUUUAGGUUCCUGUUCGUCUGAUGAACCUGCCUACUCAGUUCAUUCCUCCGUAUUUUUAUCCUUAUAUUUGUUUUUAAUCUACCUCUCUCCAACAAAGGACGGCGACUCAGCACGUGUCCCGGCUAUUCACAUCGACCAGACGGAAAACGAUAGCACAGAUCGCGACGACCCCGAUGUUAAACUAUUAUGUCAUAGACUGCACCUCAGCCCCGCAGAUCGCACGGUUUUUGAUAUGAUACAGAUGUGGUCGGGCGGAAUCGUUUUCUCUUUAUUUUUACCAGUCAGCUGGGGGAAGUGCCGAGCUCGAGGUGAUUCAUUUGUCUCAGUGCGUUGCUCGCAAAGCAGAGUAACGGAAGCUGGCUACAGCAGUAUUUUACACAGGAUUGAGAUUCUUAAGCUAUGCAAAUGAAAGCUUGGUCAUCAUCAUUGCCCGUUUAACAGUAAUGAAACUGCUACAGAACACAUAAUAGUUGGUAACUUGUUUUCCGUAAGUGUGGGAGGGUGAUGCUAGAUUUAAUAAAUAUUGAGGAAUUAAGGAUACUGAAUAUGGAAUGAUGGACGAUAUAGACCAUGGGUAUUUCCUGUAAAAUUCGCGUUCAGGGUAUGAAUAAGUUUAUUUAGAUAACCUCUGCCCUUAAUGUAAAAAAAAAAAAUCACCAAAGGCCCUACAGGAUUUUUAUUAAGUUUGGGGCAUAA